UCAUACAAUUACCUUCCAGCAUGGAGAAUACAAAUCCUGUGUUCUGUCUUGUGCUUCUUGCAAUGAACAUUCCCUUUAAUGCAGUUGCAGAUAAUGCACCUGAAGAGACCUGUGGAGGUUUUCUUAAGGAGGCCAAUGGUCUUGUAUCGAACAUGUUUUAUGACCCUCCUAAUAACUGGUGUACAUGGGUCAUUGAAACCGUCCCAUCUGGUUUUGUGGAGCUGCGUUUCAACUAUGUAAAGAUGGGAAAUCCACCAAUGUGUGCUUUUGGCUCUAUUACAAUCUAUGAUGGGUUUCCAGAAGAUGCAAAAAUUCUUGGGCGGAUCUGCAAGAACACAGAUGAAUUUUUUUUCAGUUCCUCUAAUAUCAUGACCCUUGAGUAUUUUAGCGAUGACCUCAACUAUGGAGAUAGCUUUGAAGCUCAAUAUGCCACAAUAAUGCCCUGAAAACACAAUGCUAAUCACCAUUAGCUAACAGCAGAUUUAUGUACACUAAUCAUUAAAAGGGUGGUCCGAUCUUAGACAUUUAUGGCAUAUAACUAGAAUAUGCCACCAAUGUAACACAGCGUAUGGCUCCCACUGGGACCCACUCCUAUGUCCAUAACAGGGCCCCUGAAGCGAAAGGAGAGCAGCUGUGAAAGCACAGCCAUGCUCCAUUCACUGCUAUCGGAGUCCCAAAAAUAGCCGAGCGCUGGCAUGUCAAUAUCUGGUAG